CGCCAGCACGAGGAGCCGGCAUGGCGGAGUCCCAGCUGACGCUCGUGGCCCGGCGGGUACGGAGCUUCCCCGACUUCCCCAAACCCGGCAUCCUAUUCCGGGACAUCACUCCUUUGCUAAAGGACCCAGAUGCCUUCAGGGCUUCCAUUGAACUUUUGGCUGAUCACUUAAAAGAAAAUCACAAGAAAAAGAUUGAUUAUAUUGCUGGUUUGGAUGCUCGAGGUUUCCUCUUUGGUCCCUCUCUGGCCCAGAAGCUUGGGAUAGGGUUCGUGCUCGUCCGAAAGCAAGGGAAGCUCCCAGGGCCCACAGUAUCCUCCAGUUACUCCCUGGAAUAUGGCCAGGCAGAGCUGGAGAUCCAGGAAGAUGCCAUAGAGCCCGGCCAGAAGGUGGUGAUCGUGGACGACCUGAUGGCCACCGGAGGUACCAUGGGGGCGGCCUGCAAGCUGCUGCAGAGUCUGAAGGCCGAGGUGCUGGAGGCCCUGGCCGUGGUGGAGCUGACGUCCUUGAAGGGGAGGGAGAAGCUGGCUCCUGUGCCCUUCUUCUCCCUGCUGCAGUACGACUGAGGCCGGGCUGCUGUCAGCACCUUCCCCACCAGCAGAGACCACAGGCAGGUUUUCAUUUACACAGUCAGGAGAUCUGGACUUCGACCUGGGUUGCCAAGUGCCUCCCCCUGGACGGGCUCGGCAAUGGAAAUGUGAACCAGUGCUCAUCCUCCUGGAGAAGCACCUCCUCCUCAGACCAACAGAGGGCUCCAAAGGGCCUGCCGGUCUCCUAUCCGUCAUGCAGCCUCUCACUCCCCUCCAGAGGAAGGCAGCCAUCUUGGCCCUUUUGUGCCCCACCACCAGCCAUGUGCCACUUGUCACUCUGGACUCCCCCCCACCUCCCUGCUUGGAGGGUAGAGACCAGCUCCCAGAGAAGGGCUCUGCUUUCCAGAGGGCACACCUGGGCAGUGCCUCACCUGCCUCCACAGCCAAGGACACUCUUCUCCCUUAAGUUGGUACAAAUGAAAAGUUGGCCUUGUG